AUGUUUCAAGAGGGAAUGUCUGAAGAUGUAAGUAUUAACAAAUUUUUCGAUGAGGCUAUGGUGGUAGAAUUAGCUCAACAAGCUGCUGAUCUGCACCAACAGAUGCUGGCACGGGAUCAUUUGAAGGUCGGACGAGGGAGGGGAAAUUUUCAUUUAGUUUCGGGGUCAAGGUGUUUUGGGUUCUUUUUGAUUGGCAGUGCGGUUGCAGAUACAUGUGGAGUGAUGGACGAGUGGCGUCAGAACCCAAACGCAAGUUCUGCAUUGGAGGAGAUCAUUCCUAGAGUUGAUAACACUGCUGCUCAAGAUAUUUUCAAACUUACCAAGGGAUUCACCUUCUCACUCAUCUGUCGUUAA